AUGGCAAAGUUUUAUUGCGAGUAUUGCAAUAUCUAUUUAACUCACAGCUCUCCUGCUGGAAGAAAACAGCACGCCCAUGGCCGCAAACAUAUUAACAACAAGAUUGAAUACUACACUGAAUUUCUCAUAGAGCAGCAAGCACAAGCAAGUCAAGCCCACUACCAAAACAAUCCAGGAUUUUACCUUCAGCAGCAAUAUACAGCAAACAAUAUAUCCCAAGGCGUUUAUCUUCCUCCAAAUUUUAUACCCCUCCCCAGCUACAACCCUAAUCAGUAA